CAUGCUGAGAACCUGAAUGCGACAUCUUUAACCACAAUUCCACAACACUCUUCACGAUGGGGCGCAUUAAGAAAAAGGGAACCGCUGGCCAGGCCAAAAACUUCAUUACGAGGACACAGGCAGUCCGGAAACUUCAGAUCUCGUUGCCAGACUUUCGCCGACUAUGCAUCUUCAAGGGCAUUUAUCCCCGCGAGCCCCGGAACAAGAAGAAGGCGAACAAAAGCUCGACCCCGUCCACCACCUUCUACUACUCCAAAGACAUCCAAUAUCUCCUCCAUGAACCGCUGCUCCAGAAAUUCAGGGACCACAAAGCGCUGGCGAAGAAGAUCAACCGCGCCCUCGGAAAAGGACAGUUCAAGGGUGCGUCGCGACUGGAGAAAAACUUGACUCCGCGCAUGCGGAUAGAUCAUAUCAUUCGCGAGCGAUAUCCUACCUUUGUGGAUGCUGUAAGGGAUUUGGACGAUGCGCUGUGCAUGGUUUACCUGUUCGCAAACCUCCCGUCCACCGAGGAGGUGCCUCACAAGACCAUUGCGCUGUGUCAGCGCCUUUGCAACGAGUUCGAGCAUUACCUGAUCGUGUCGCAUUCGCUUCGAAAGUCGUUCUUAUCGAUCAAAGGCGUAUACUACCAGGCAACGAUACAGGGCCAGGACGUCUUAUGGCUUGUUCCCUACAAAUUCGUGCAGCGAGUAACCGGGGAUGUGGACUUCAGGAUUAUGGCGACCUUUGUGGACUUCUACACGAAUCUCCUGGGAUUUGUUAACUUCCGAUUAUACACGACCCUCGGCUUGGUGUACCCGCCGAAAUUCAAUCAGCUGAGCGAUGAGCAAGGCGGUGAACUCGGAGCUUUCACCUUGCAAGGCCAUGGACUUGGACAAGAAGAGGAUCAGGAUGAGGAGAUAACAUCUGUGACGACCAACCCGAAGGCACAAGCAAUCGCGGAUGCACUGGCACAAGAGGAAGCUGGCGCCAUUGAGGAGACUUCGCAAAACGAAGAUAGCUCAAUGGCUGUCAAAGAUACUGAGGAGGCGCCCGUGGACGAUGCACCAGCUGAUCUCGCUGGUGCUAUGAUUCCGGGUUCGUCCGAUUUCGAUCAGGCUCUGCAACUUCAAGUCGACGACACCCCUUACGCCACCCUUUUCUCCGACAUGUCCGUGUUCCUCUCUCGCGAGUCUCCACGACAUGCACUGGAGUUCCUUCUUCGAUCGUUCGGAUGCAAGCGCAUCGGCUGGGAAGAAAGUCUCGGCGACGGAGCGUUCAAGAGCGAUGAAAACUGGAGUGGGUGGACGCAUCAGGUUGUUGAUCGGCCAGGUGCGCCGUCGACGGGAGGUUCGGCACCGCACGACGAGACCGAGGCAGGGGCACAGUCCGCGGCAGACUCCCAGCAACGUGUUCCGGACCGAGCUUAUGUCCAACCGCAAUGGGUAUGGGAUUGUGUCAACGCCGGACGUAUCCUGCGGACGGAUCUAUACGCCCGGGGAGCUACACUUCCGCCUCACUUGAGUCCCUGGGUGAAAGCGAAGAAGGGUGAAUACGACCCAACGCAGCCACUGGAGCCAGCAGAUACAGUCGAUGCUGCUGAACAGGAAGAGGGUGCAGCUCAACCUCUGGCCAACGGCGCUUCCAAGGAGGAGGAGGAGGAGGAGGAGGAAGAGGAAGAAAGCGAUUUAUCCGAUGGCAUGCAGGAGGACCUCUCGGAAGACGAAGAUGAAAGUGCCGACGAGACCAAAGCAGACAUUGACGAAACGCUGGGCGAUCUCUCGGACGACGACGACGACGACAGUGCAUCGGUGUCUUCAGCCGAGGUUGAUCGCCAAAGCCAUCAACUCGAGUUGGAGGCGGAGGCGGCGGGCGUCAAGCCGAGUGCGAAGAAAUCCGCGAAGAACGCCAAACCUUCGGCACCAGCGAAGAGCGAGAAGGCGAAGCAAAAGGAGCGCGAGGCGCGAAAGGAGCAGGAGGAGGUCGAGCGGCUGAAGGGGAUGAUGAGCAAGCGGAAGCGGAUGUUGUACGAAAAAAUGCAGUACGGGAAUAAGAAGCGGGAGGAUGAGGCGGAGAAAUUGAAGAGCAAGCGCCGGAAGUUGGAGGCGACGAAGCAGCGGGCGGGUGGCAAGUCAUAG